CUUACAACUUGGGCAUGUCUUCCACCAAGAACAGCAAUCUUAACAACCUUCCCCUGGCCCUUCCUUGUGUUACUCCUGUACGCUUGCUUAGAGAAAAAACAGCACAAUAUAAAUGUAAACGAGAAAGAAAGCGGAGGUGUUAAAUAUAACAAACUGCCGACUUCUUCUGACACAGACGAUUCGGACUCCGCCCUUGGAAAUGAGUUAACUUGGAAAGAAAAGUUGUUAGUUGCCAAGCGCAUUUUACCCUACAUAACUUUCUUGUUCCUCACCUACUAUGCUGAAUAUCUAUCAAACCAGGGUGUCAUUACCACGCUUGCCUUUUCCGACUCGUCUUUCAGCCCGAGGGAUCAUUAUCAAUAUUACAUCGUGUGUUAUCACGUGGGCAAGUUCGUUGGCAGGUUCCAUAUUUUCCUCCUCUCCUGCACCUGUUCAAAAGUGAUCCCUUAUGUGCGCGUCAGGAAAACCUGGAUAUUAGCGCUGGUAGAAAUAGCUCAUCUUGUUUUCUUCCUUUUCGCAUCGUGGUUCCGUUUUGUUCCUUACGUUUCUAUAAUUCUUAUUCUCUGCGUAACUGAGGGGUUUGUAGCAGGCUCCAUGUACUUAAACUCAGCUCACACAGUGUCUGACGUCAUUAAUGACCCAAAGGAGAGAGAAUUUGCUUUAGGAUUACUGACCAUCGGCAACGGUUUGGGUCAACUAACUGCAGGAUUUUUGGGUCUUCACGUAGAACCACAUCUGAAAAAGCACUGUGUUUACGAUCUCGAGUUAAGGGAUGAAUGUAUCACACGAUUCCCGCAACCCUCAGGUUGGACAAAAAAUAUGCACUGUAAUAGCCGUGACUACAAUGUUAAGUCUAACUCCACAGGAUUGUAG